UAGAAUGCUAGCAGGGGCGGUGCGCUUGAGCAGGUAGCUUGAAGUGACGUCUUGUGAAUGGAUGGCUUUGUGAAGCGCGGUGUUUAUCUACGAUAUAAUAAGCCGUAGACUGUUUAAAUGGCUUGGAAGCAUGGUGCUUUAUGGCGCUGAUGAGUAAAGACGAUUCACCCUGGGAGAGCUCACCAGAGAUUCCAAUGAAGGGGGGUGUUGAUUGUGAAGAAUUUAAGUCGGAGUGCUGGUACGAUCUAGAAAGCCCCCACAAGGUUCCCAGCAGCAGCAGCCUGCUCUCUGAAAGCGAGUUCUCCUGCCACUGCUGCUAUGACAUCCUGCUCAAUCCCACCACCCUGAACUGCGGACACAGCUUCUGCAGGCACUGCCUGGCUCUCUGGUGGGAAUCCUCCCGGAAAACAGAGUGUCCGGAAUGCAGGGCGAAAUGGGAAGGCUUUCCCAAGGUCAACAUCCUGCUGAGGGAUGCAGUAGAGAAGCUCUUCCCUCAGGUUGUGGUAAAGAGGCGGGGUGAGGUUGACUCGAGCCCUAGAAUCGUACAGAGCCUGUCUGCCUUCCAGCGGUACGGGAUCGACCAGGCUUCCCGGGGGCUGAACCCCCUCAGCGGGCACUGGCAGCGAGGGGCUGGCUUCUUCUCGGGGGUGCUCACUGCCCUCACCUGUGUCGCAGUGAUGCUGCUUGUGUAUCACUGGAGCAGCAGAGAUGUUGAACAGGAUCUUCUGCUCCGUAAACCUGCGACAAAGUGGACCGCAGAAGAUGUCAUUCUGUGGCUGGAGCAGUUGGGACCCUGGGCUUCUCUUUACAAAGAGAGAUUUCUGGAGGCGCAAGUCAAUGGAAGACUCCUAGUGAUGCUGGAAGAAGAGGAGUUUUCUAAAAGCCCCUUCAGUAUUGAGAACCACACCCACAGGAAGGCAGUGCUGAUGGAGCUAGAGCGAGUGAAGGCACUGGGAGUGAAGCCACCUCAAAACCUCUGGGAGUACAGGGCUGUGAAUGCUGGGAAGUCUCUGUUCCUGCUCUAUGCCUUGAAGAGCUCUCCCCGCCUCACUCUGCUCUAUCUGUACCUGUUUGACUACACUGAAACAUUCCUACCCUUCAUGCACACCAGCUGUCCUGGCAGUGGGGGCGUGGCUGAGGAGCCAGAUAUUCUAACAAAACAUUUGCUGAAUGAUCCCAGCUGGACGCAGUGGGUGGAGUUCCUUGUGAAAUACUCCCUCCUCCCGUACCAGCUGAUGGCAGAGUUUGCCUGGGACUGGCUGGCUGUGCACUAUUGGACAUCGCGCUUCAUCAUAGUCAAUGCCAUGCUGCUGUCUGUGCUGGAAGGCUUCACCUUCUGGAGGCUCUGGUCACGCGGGGAGCUCAGCAGGGCUCUUCCUCAUCGCAUGUGGAGUCACUUCUGGAAAGUGUCAACCCAGGGGCUGCUUGUCGCCAUUGUCUGGCCCGUGAUUCCUCAGUUCAUCUGCAACUGCUUGUUUUACUGGGCCCUGUACUUCAACCCCAUCAUAAACAUUGACCUGGUGGUGAAAGAAGUGCGUCGCCUGGAGACGCAGGGGCCAUAAGAGAAGUCAAACCUGCUUUGAAACCUUCCCAUCCUUGCUACUGAAAAGCUUUUUAAAUGCCAAGUGGCGUCAGAAACACGUUGGUAAGACUGCUUUAGCUGUGCCACGAUAUCAAGGCAAACGUCUUUGAAAAGCAGUUCUUCAGUUGAUUUCAAACCCGUGUGAAGCCGAACUGUAAUGUUUAAAUGCAGCUUUAAUGAAAAACCUGAAACGGACGCAGAAGAAAAGUGUGAUUGAUUUUAGAAAAUGAAACCCACCUGACGCUGAUCAGAUGGGGUGUUCAGUCUCUCUCUCUCCACCAAAACAAACUGAUUGUAAUUUUAAAAGACAAUAAUAAUAAUUGCAGGGUUCAGUGGCAUGUGGUAAUGGAUCCAGUUACUGUGUGGUCUGUGACUGGAUGAUCCUUCUCAUCUCGCUCUUAGAGUGAUGUGCUUCCGCAGUGUCUCGUCUCAAACUUGCAGGACGGUGGCCGUUAUAUUCCAUUUGAACCCCAACAAUAGCCUUGUCAUUAUUUUUGAUCUUCAGUUUACAUGUCUGCUCAUUGCAAUAAAGAAAUUACAAAGAUAGUGUUGUGUUUAACAUUCGUUAAGGGAUGUAACAGUGUUUGUGUAAUCCAAUCACAUGGUCUCUUGCAGGUAUAACCCUCACUAGUGUUGAACCUGUGUCUGCACUUAGAGCCAAAUGCAGCCACUAAUUCCUCAAUCUAAAAUAAUAAGUGCUGUAUCUGCCUGGAAAUGUUUUUUUUGUAUUUUUUUAAUUGUUAAAUGAUAGCGCCAAAACACUUGCUCUUCCGCUUCUAUUGGCUUUUAUGUGACGUUUUCCCUACAAAACGGAUUUCAGUGUGUAAGGACUAUCUCUUUUGUUUUGAUUAUGAGAGGUUCACAUGCCAUGGAAGGGUGGUUUGUCUCAAUUUAUCUUUAAGGGAAAGUUCUGAUAUUAUAUAAUGUAUAUAUUGUAUAAUAAUCGCAUUCUCAGACAGAACAGAUGGGUUAAACGUGUGAAAAUUAUAUGAAAUGUAUUGCAGUAAAGAAUUAAAGCUUUAUUUUUUA